UGCCGAUGGUCAGAUGACUGAAAAAAAAACUAUUUAAAACUCUAAUGAGCAACCUGAGACAGGUUCAUACACUCUGCGGGCACCUCUUAGUGAAGGAUUAAUACGUUAAACUUCCUUAGUUACUCCAGUUUGUCAAAAGAAUAACGAAACGAUUUUAAGCCCUGAACAUUAUGGUAGAAAAAUCAAUAAGAAUUGCACUUUGCUUGUUAUGUUCUAUUCUGUGCCAUUCAUUCAGUGCCUUAGCCGCUACACCCGACCAGAACGUGCAACUAAAAGAUGAUUCUGAGGAUGGCUUCUCAAUGGAACCGGUGCUACUUCAUGACCGAAUCAAGUACAACAUGCGAAAGUCUUUGGAUCUUGAUGACGACGGCUGUUACCUCCAACCUGGGAAAAAGGAAAGCAUUGAGGAGUGUGGCUUCACUACCUCAGUCAAGACCAUUCUGAUCAUCCACGGCUGGACGAUGAGUGGGAUGUUUGAGAGCUGGAUGCACAAGCUGGUGGCUGCUGUUCAGAGACGAGAGUCGGAGGCUAAUGUGGUGGUGGUCGACUGGCUGGGCCUGGCCCACCAGCUUUACCCUGAUGCCGUCAACCAUACCCACAGGGUUGGGCAGAGCAUCGCUACUCUUUUGGACUGGCUCCAGGGAGAAAUGCAGCUACAACUUGAGGACGUGCAUAUGAUUGGAUAUAGUCUUGGUGCUCAUGUUGCUGGAUAUGCUGGAACUUUUGUAAAUGGAAAUAUUGGACGCAUUACAGGUUUAGACCCAGCUGGUCCCAUGUUCGAGGGGGCAGAGUCCCACAAGAGGCUUUCUCCAGAUGAUGCGGACUUUGUCGACGUCCUGCACACAUACACACGGGGAGCUUUGGGUGUCAGUAUUGGGAUCCAGGAGCCUAUUGGGCAUAUUGAUAUGUAUCCCAAUGGUGGGGAUGUACAACCAGGCUGUUCCUUAGGAGAUGUGCUGUCCACUGCUGCUGCAGGAAACUUUGUGGAAGUCAUGAAGUGUGAACAUGAGCGGGCAGUGCAUCUCUUUGUGGACUCGCUCAUGAACAUGGACCACGUGAGUUACGCUUUUCAAUGUACCGGCCCUGAUCGCUUCAAGAAGGGCAUUUGUCUGAGCUGCAGGAAGAACCGCUGCAACAGUAUUGGUUACAACGCCAAGAAAAUGCGAAAGAGGAGAAACAGCAAAAUGUACCUGAAGACUCGCGCAGACACACCUUUUGGUGGUUACCACUAUCAGAUGAAGAUGCAUGUGUUCAACAGGAAGAAUGCAGAUGAUGCAGAUCCCACUUUCUACGUCAAACUAUACGGAUCCCAUAAUGAUACCGAUAACCUCAGUGUAGACAUUGCCGAUGGAGUUGGUCUAAACCUCACAAACACAUUUCUUGUCUUCACGGAAGAGGACAUCGGUGACCUGCUGAAAAUUUCUCUUCGCUGGGAAGGCCCUUCUGAUUCCUGGUCAUCUAUGUUGAAACACCUUAAGUCAUCACUUUGGUCAUGGUCAAGUUCACAGAACAACAAAGUUCUGGAGGUUCGGAGGAUCAGAGUCAAAGCAGGAGAAACGCAGAAGAAGUUCACCUUCUGUGCUGAUAAGACUGAGAUAUCGCCAGGGCAAGAAAUUACAUUUAUUAAAUGCCGUGAUGGCUGGGAAGUAAAACCUAGAAAAAGAUUCCACUACUGAGAGGAUCGCUGUUACCUAGGGACCCAAGGUGGUGAAGGGCCUGAGCACUUUUGAUUGUUCUGGUACACAUUUGGUGGGAUAAUGCACCAUAUUUGUUUGGGUGGGUAGAACACUACUUGUACUGCUCAAAUGGCCGGCUCAGAUGGGUGAUGGCUGGUUACUGGACUUGCUCAGGGCAUUUUUUUUUUUUUUUUCUACCGUUGGGACGUUCUGAAUUGUUUGAGAUGUGAGCUCUUCAUCUUUUGAUACAAUUUGUAUGUUUUCUAUUGAUGCAUUCAAACCUCUGUUUUGUGGAUCUCAGACUCUUACUUAACAACGCAAUGCUCGUUAUAUAUAUAUUUUUGUACGUUUUUAAUUUAUGAAGGAAAAAAAAGCACUGUAAAACCAAGCUUAUUUAUCAAUCUAAUGCACACCUUGUACCAAGGCAUAAAUUCAUUCUCUCUCAAGUUACCUGGUGACCACUUUUACAUGUGUAUGUGGAUUUCAAUAGGAAGAAGGAUUUUAUGUGAAUUCACAGUAUUAUUUAAGGUCAUAAGAAUGGAGAGAGCUGCUCUAUUUGUCUUCAUUAAAAUGUUGCACAUUUUGUGCCUUGUUCUGUACAUGUUUUAUGUAUAUGAUGUGUAUAUAAAACGUAAUAAUAAUUUGUAAAAAAAAAUUAUAAUUUGGAUUCCA